AAGCAUUGAUGUGAGAGAGACACAUUGGUUGGUUGCCUCCCACAAAUACCCCAGGGACUCUGGAAUGAUCCUGCAACCAAAGUAUGUGCCUUUGACCAGAAUUAAACCCAGGAUCCUUUAGUCCGUGGGCCGACUCUGCAACCACUGAGCUAAACUGUCUAGGGCCAGUAUCAGUUUUGAUCUCUAGGUAGUUAUAAAAUGAGUAUUGUGUGGUAAUUAUUUUGGUUUUUACUUGGUUUUCUUUCUGUGGUUGUUAUUUUGUUCUGGGGGACAGGAGUCUAAAAACUCCUUUAUCUAGGUGAUGAUAUUUUUUAUGUUGUUCUGUUUCCAAAUGCCAGGAUUUCCCCCUCUGAUUGCUGUCCCAGGACCUAGUUUACUUUUAUCUGCUGCCAGUAACACUCAUAAUUCGUGUUGAAAUUUAUCUUAUGGCAAGAACGACCCCUUCCAUGACUGGAGUCUUCCAAUGCUUCAUAGUGAGAAAGGGGAAGUGGCCACAGCAGGUCCUAUCUGGUGGUGAGUGGCUGUCAUGAUCUCUACAGCACCGCUCUACAGCGGCGUACACAACUGGACCAGUUCUGACCGGAUUCGCAUGUGCGGUAUCAACGAGGAGAGAAGAGCACCUAUUUCUGAUGAGGAGUCCACGACAGGUGACUGCCAGCACUUUGGAUCUCAGGAGUUUUGUGUCAGCAGCAGUUUUUCCAAGGUGGAGCUCACAGCAGUUGGAAGUGGCAGCAAUGCCCGGGGGGCAGAUGCAGAUGGCAGUGCAACAGAAAAACUUGGGCACAAGUCAGAAGACAAGCCCAACAGCCCCCAGCCAAAAAUGGACUAUGCUGGGAAUGUGGCAGAGGCCGAGGGCCUUUUGGUUCCCCUGAGUGGCCCGGAAGACGGGCUCAAGCUUCCCCCUACUGACAGCACCGAGGCCGGCAGCAGCAGGCCCGACUGCUCCUGGACUCCCCUCAGCACGCAAAUGAGCAAACAGGUGGACUGCUCGCCCGCUGGGGUAAAGGCUUUGGACUCUCGGCAUGGUGUUGGGGAGAAAAAUACUUUCAUUUUGGCAACUCUGGGAACUGGAGUGCCCGUGGAGGGAACCCUGCCUCUGGUUACCACUAAUUUCAGUCCGCUGCCAGCACCCAUCUGCCCCCCUGCUCCCAGUUCUGCCUCCGUCCCCCCAUCUGUUCCCGAUCCAUUCCAGGUUCCUCUCUCUGUCCCCGCCCCAGUGCCCCAUUCAGGGCUAGUUCCUGUCCAGGUUGCCACUUCAGUUGCGGCUCCUUCCCCUCCCUUAGCACCAGUCCCUGCCCUGGCUCAGGCGCCACCAUCAGUGCCCACACUCAUCUCUGAUUCGAACACUCUCUCAGUUUCAGCCUCAGUCUUGGUGCCUGUGCCGGCUUCUGCUCCGCCUUCAGGCCCUGUUUCCCUGCCGGCUCCAGCCCCUUCCCCCAUGUCAGUCUCAGUUUCAGCUCCUUCCUUGACCUUGAUCCAGGCUCCUGUGCCCCCUUCUGCUCCGACCCUGGUCCUUGCGCCUGUCCCCACUCCAGUUCUGGCUCCCAUGCCGGCAUCCACACCUCCAGCAGCUCCUGGCCCUCCAUCAGUGCCCAUGGCCACUCCAACCCCAUCCUCUGGCCCGCCUUCCACCCCCACCCUCAUCCCUGCCUUUGCUCCUACACCGGUGCCUGCACCCACCCCAGCCCCAAUCUUUACUCCAGCCCCCACGCCCAUGCCGGCUGCCACACCAACUGCCAUUCCCACGUCUGCACCCAUCCCGGCCUCCUUUAGUUUGAGUCGAGUGUGUUUUCCUGCAGCUCAGGCACCAGCUAUGCAAAAAGUCCCUCUGUCCUUUCAGACAGGGACAGUACUGACACCGAGCCAGCCGCUGGUCUAUAUCCCACCUCCGAGCUGUGGGCAGCCACUCAGUGUGGCCACACUGCCAACCACUCUGGGAGUCUCCUCCACUCUUACACUCCCUGUCCUGCCAUCCUACCUACAGGACAGGUGUAUCCCUGGCGUGCUGGCCUCCCCAGAGCUACGGUCUUACCCAUAUGCAUUUUCUGUAGCCCGGCCUCUGACUUCAGAUUCCAAGGUGGUCUCUCUGGAGGUGAACAGGCUUCCGUGUGCUUCCCCAUCCAGCAGCACCAGCACCCAGCCUGCGCCUGAUGGGGUCCCCGGGCCUUUGGCAGAUACUUCCCUCUCCACUGCUUCUGCCAAGGUGCUUCCAACGCCACAGCCUUUGCUGCCAGCCCCCAGUGUGAGCUCAGCCCCACCGCAACCCGCCAAGAUGACAGGUGGCACCGAGCAGCAAACAGAAGGGACUUCCGUUACCUUCUCUCCCCUCAAGUCACCUCCACAGCUGGAGCGAGAGAUGGCCUCUCCAUCUGAGUGCAGUGAGAUGCCCCUCGACCUCUCCUCUAAGUCCAACCGCCAGAAGCUUCCAUUGCCGAACCAACGAAAGACGCCCCCCAUGCCCGUGUUGACCCCUGUGCACACCAGCAGCAAGGCCCUCCUCUCCACGGUCCUCUCUAGGUCUCAGCGUACAACCCAGGCUGCCGGCAGCAAUGUCACCUCAUGCCUGGGUUCCACUGCCUCACCCUUCGUCAUCUUUCCUGAGAUAGUGAGGAAUGGGGACCCGAGCACCUGGGUGAAGAACUCAACUGCGCUGAUCAGCACCAUUCCUGGCACCUAUGUGGGAGUGGCCAACCCAGUGCCUGCUUCCCUGCUGCUGAACAAAGAGCCCAACCUGGGCCUCAACCGAGACCCCCGCCAUCUCCCCAAGCAGGAGCCCAUCUCCAUCAUUGAUCAAGGCGAGCCUAAGAGCACUGGUGCCUCCUGUGGCAAGAAGGGAAGCCAGGCUGGGACUGAGGGACAGCCAAGCACAGUCAAACGUUACACCCCAGCCCGCAUUGCCCCAGGGCUGCCGGGCUGCCAAAGCAAGGAGCUCUCUCUAUGGAAGCCCACGGGGCCAGCAAAUAUUUACCCUCGGUGUUCAGUCAACGGGAAGCCCACCAGCACCCAGGUCCUGCCUGUUGGUUGGUCACCAUACCAUCAAACAUCUCUGCUUUCCAUUGGCAUUUCCAGUGCCGGGCAGCUGACCCCCAGUCAGGGGGUGCCCAUCAGGCCCACCAGCGUUGUUUCUGAGUUCUCUGGUAUGUCAUCUGUUGGCCCCAGUGAAGCUGUGCACGGACUUCCAGAGGGGCAGCCACGGCCUGGUGGCCCCUUUGCUCCAGAGCAGGACACUGGUACAAAGAACAAAACUUGCCGGAUCGCUGCCAAGCCUUAUGAAGAACAAGUCAAUCCUGUCCUUCUGACUCUCAGCCCUCAGACAGGGACUCUAGCACUAUCUGUUCAGCCUAGCAGUGGGGACAUAAGAGUGAGUCAGGGGCCAGAGGAAUCAGAGAGCCACCUCUGCUCUGAUGGCACUCCUAAGACAGAAGGCUCCCAGGGGGCUUGUGGCCUGAAGCUGACAGGAGACACAAAACCUAAGAACCAAGUGCUGGCCACCUACAUGUCUCAUGAGCUGGUCCUGGCCACCCCCCAGAACCUGCGCAAGAUGCCUGAGCUGCCUUUGCUACCUCAUGACAGCCGCCCCAAGGAACUCAUCUUGGAUGUGGUCCCAAGUGGCAAGAGGGGCUCCAGCACAGAGCUUUCACAGCUUGGAAGCCAGGUGGACCUGGGGCGGGUGAAAAUGGAGAAGGUGGACGGUGAUGUGGUCUUCAAUUUAGCCACCUGCUUCCGGGCUGAUGGCCUCCCAGCAGCUCCCCAGAGGGGUCAAGUCGAAGUUCGGAGUAAGGCCGCACAGACUCGAGUGAAACAGGAAAGCGUAGGGGUCUUUGCUUGCAAGAACAAGUGGCAGCCAGACUCAGUGGUGACCGAUGGGGUGACUGAAUCUCUGCCGUCUAAGAAAAUAAAAUGUGGCAAAGAGAAGGAUGGUGAGGAGCAGCUGCCACAGGCAAAGGUCAUAGCCCGGAGUUCUCAUGGACCCAAGUGCCGGAAGCCACCUAGUGACUCCCAGGAAGUCACCAAGAAAAGCCCCAAGGGGGCUUCAGAUUCAGGAAAAGAGCACAAUGGAGUCAGGGUAAAGCACAAGCACCGGAAGCCAACCAAGCCGGAGUCCCAGUCUCCAGGAAAACGAACAGAUGGCCAAGAGGAAGGUUCCUUGGAGAAGAAAGCAAAGAGCAGUUUCCGUGACUUCAUCCCUGUGGUUCUGAGCACCCGGACGCGCAGUCAGUCUGGAAGCAUCUGUAGCUCCUUUGCUGGAAUGGCAGACAGUGACAUGGGAAGCCAGGAAGUCUUCCCCACAGAGGAGGAAGAAGAGGUGGCCCCCAUCCCAGCUAAGCGUCGGAAGGUGAGAAAGACCCAACGGGACACCCAGUAUCGCAGCCACCACGCCCAGGAUAAGACUCUGCUGAGCCAGGGCCGCAGGCACCUGUGGAGAGCCCGAGAAAUGCCCUGGAGGACAGAGGCUGCCCGGCAAAUGUGGGACACCAAUGAGGAGGAGGAGGAAGAUGAGGAGGAGGGUCUGGUGAAGAGGAAGAAACGGAGACGGCAGAAGAACCGAAAAUAUCAGACUGGGGAGUACUUGACCGAGCAAGAAGAAGAACAGCGGCGGAAAGGGAGAGCUGAUUUAAAGGCCCGUAAGCAGAAGACUUCGUCCCAAAGUUCGGAGCACCACCUCAGGAACAGGAACCUUCUCUUGCCCAACAAAGCCCAAGGGAUCUCGGAUUCACCAAAUGGUUUUCUCCCGAAUAACCUGGAGGAGCCAACCUGCCUUGAAAAUUCAGAAAAGCCAUCAGGAAAACGAAAGUGCAAGACCAAGCACAUGGUGAACGUCUCAGAAGAGGCAAAGGGCAAAGGACGUUGGAACCAGCAGAAGACACGAUCUCCCAAGACUCCCACCUCAGUGAAAACCACAGAACUGUGCACACCCUCUAAGUGCCGAAGUGCCAGCCUAGAGGAGGCCUCAGAGCCCCCAGCAGCCCUGCAGAUUCCCCCAGAGGCACGUAGGCUCAUUGUGAACAAAAACGCGGGCGAGACCCUCCUGCAACGGGCGGCACGUCUUGGCUAUAAGGACGUUGUUCUCUACUGCCUCCAGAAAGACAGUGAGGAUGUGAAUCACCGCGACAACGCCGGCUACACAGCCCUGCAUGAGGCCUGCUCCCGGGGCUGGACCGAAAUUCUGAACAUCCUGCUGGAACAUGGGGCCAAUGUGAACUGCAGUGCACAGGAUGGCACCAGGCCAGUUCAUGACGCAGUAGUCAACGACAACCUGGAGACCAUGUGGCUCUUGCUGUCCUAUGGGGCCGACCCCACACUGGCCACCUACUCGGGGCAGACAGCCAUGAAGCUGGCCAGCAGCGAUACCAUGAAGCGCUUUCUCAGCGAUCACCUUUCGGAUCUUCAGGGCCGUGCAGAGGGUGAUCCUGGUGUAUCCUGGGACUUUUACAGCAGUUCCGUAUUGGAUGAAAAAGAAGGGUUUGCCUGUGACCUCCUACAUAACCCCCCUGGGAGUUCUGAUCAGGAAGGAGACGAUGGCGAAAAGGAUGAUUUUAUGUUUGAGCUCUCAGACAAGCCUCUUCUCCCUUGCUACAACCUCCAAGUGUCAGUGUCCCACGGGCCCUGCAACUGGUUUCUCUUUACUGACGUCCUGAAGAGGCUGAAGCUUUCCUCCAGGAUCUUCCAGGCCCGGUUCCCGCACUUUGAAAUUAUCACCUUGCCCAAGGCUGAGUUCUACAGGCAGGUGGCCUCCAGUCAGCUGCUGACCCCUGCCGAGAGGCCCGGAGCCAUGGACGAGUGCCCCCCGGGCUCCUCGGAGACUGUGGAGCUGGUGCGGUAUGAGCCCGAGAUACUGCGGCUCCUGGGGUCCGAGGUGGAGUUCCACCCCUGGAACAGUUGAUGGGGAAAACAGCUCCUCCCUUUUCUUCUUUCUCCUCCCAAUUUCACCCUUCCCCACCAUCCAUGUUUUCCCCCCACCCAGCACCAGACCGCAGAAUGAGGCAAUAAUCCGGACCAACAAGAAGCCGCCUUAUCAACGCCA